AUGGCCUCCCGCCUGGGCUGCUCAGACCAAUGGUGCCAGCGAUGCAAACGCCUUGAUCUCGACGACCUUUUCCGCGGCCGCUGGAGCGAACCAGAAGCCAGAAAUGGUCUCGCCAUUUUUGACGACUAUGCUGCCGUCAGCAUGGAUCCUAAUUGCGCGUUCUGCGAGGCAUUGGCGUCCAUUGCCAGUCAGGAUAACCAGGUCAGUGGCUCGGGUCCCCCUGGCGUGGGCCGAUAUUGCCUCUACUCUGUACCAAGUCUUCUUGCCCAGCAGCCCCUGAGCCGGCCCGUGAUGCGCGAGCUGGGCACUGGACAGCUGGCCGACCAGGUGCUGGGGCGCGCCAAGAGCCGACGCGAUGCGGCCUGGCUCCUUGUUCGCAGGCUUCAUGCCUCCAUGCGUCCCUUCUUCCUUAUAGAUGCGCCACUCUCGGCGCACCGCAAUGGCUGCUUGGCCGAGUCUUCGCCCACCUUCAACGGCGCAGGGCUGCGCGUCCGCCGUAUUGACCCGGACAAUGCCGACUUCGGCGCCAUGAGGGAGUGGAUAGACGUCUGCAUCCACCGUCACGGGCGCUUCUGCGGCGGCCUGACGAGAGGGCGUACACUACCGCGUGGUUUCUCCGUCAUUAAUUGUGCCACGCGAAUUUUGAUGCCGCUGCCAUCGGGCGCAAGCUUCGCGGCGCUGUCGUACGUUUGGGGCGCUUCGAGUUCCGCCAACAGUUCCGCGCCCGUUAGGCUAACCAAUCUUCCACAAACUAUAGAAGAUGCCAUCACCGUGACAACUCGCUUGGGCGUCGGCUACCUCUGGAUUGAUAGGUACUGCAUCCCACAGCACGAAUGUGAGGAGAAGCGUGAGCAAAUACAGAACAUGCAUGAUGUUUACGGCAUGUCGUACGUCACCAUCAUUGCAGCCGCUGGAAACGACCCGAGCUACGGCCUGCCGGGCAUCAGCAGGGCAAGAAAUCGAGCGCCCACAGUAGAUAUCUGGAUGAAAAGCAGCAGUACUAGUUCUGGUCGCCGAAUCGUGUCGACGGGCCGCAAUGUUGAGGAAGCUAUUCGAGGCACAACAUGGGCGACGCGCGCAUGGACGUUCCAAGAAGGUCUCGUUUCUACCCGGAAACUCGUCUUUACCGACGAACAAGUAUACUUCCACUGUACGCAGCGAGAGUUUCGAGAGACCAUUCAGGAGGAACGAACCCUGGUAGCCGAGACGGACAGCAGCUACGGCGAUGCCAUUGGCACGCCUUUUCGAUGCGAGCUUCUCUACUCUGGCCUGGCGGAGCAGCCACCGCGUCUGGAACGGCUUUUUGACACGCUGCGAGACUUUUCUACUCGCAGCAUUAGUUUCCAAAACGACUUCCUGAAUGCAGCAUCGGGGAUUUUGAACCUCUACCAGCAAGUCUUUCCGGAUCGUAUGCGGCACGUGUGGGGUCAGCCGUUACGAUAUGACGCACAGCGCACCGUGAGCGAGAUGAUGGCCUCGGCGCUUCAGUGGGAGAUUGGCUUGGGCGCGAGGCGUCGAGAAGUUUUCCCAAGCUGGUCAUGGAUGGGCUGGCGAGGGACCAUGUGGAGCCAGAAUCUCGAACAGGAAGUGCCGCCGAGUCAAGUUUCGGUACAGUUGGAGCUACGCGACGGCCGUCUGGUGGACGAAAGGGACGCCAAAGCGUGCAUGGACGACCCGACCCGAUUUCAGAAGCUGCUAGGACUGCUCAGCAGAUGCAUCAUUAUUCAGACGGACUCGGUAUACUUGCACAUCCACGACAUCGAUCCGACGGCCAGUGUUGAUCUCGCCAACAAGUGGGAACCUAAAUUUUGUAACAAGGCUGGCACGAGGGAUUUUGUGCCCAAGCAUGACCCGGUCUACUUUCUCAAGGUGACGCAAAAGGUGGAAGCCGGGGAUGAGCUGCACAGAGAACUGAGUGCCGGCCGCGUCUGGCUAGGGCUGGUCUUUGCGCACACCCACUUCGUCCUCGUGGUCAGGGAUGUCGGGUCGCAUUAUGAGAGGGUUGGGAUUGUCCAAUACUCGGCACCAGACGAUGAUCAGAAACUGGUCGACUUGUGCCAAGAAAAGCGGAGGAUCCGCCUCGGCUGA